ACAAUAGGGAGCUUCAAAAUCAAAUGUAUCAAAUCUGACGUGGUGAAUUUGGCGAACGGAAGGAGCAAAAUGGCGUCGAUAACAGGACCGCAGAUUCUGCUGCACUCUCGUUCUCCGUCGCUGAAGCUGAAACUGAAACCGUCAUCAGCCUUUCUCCUCUUCCCAAAUCCACCGUUCUCCGCAAAAUGCACACGGCGUCGCGCCUUCUGCUCCAUCAAUUCCAAUUCCAAGCCUCACGCUUCCACUUCCAUCGUCCCCGACCUCCUCCAUUACCUGAACCAUUCCUGGACUCAAUUCCACGCCACAGCGGAAGCUAAACGACAAUUACUCGCCGCCGGUUUCCAAAUGCUCAACGAGAAUCAAGACUGGGACCUCCAGCCCGGAGGACGCUACUUCUUCACGCGCAACAUGUCCUGUUUGGUCGCUUUCGCCGUCGGAGAAAAGUACAAUGUGGGCGAUGCUUUUCACGUGAUUGCGGCGCACACGGACAGCCCCUGCCUGAAAUUGAAGCCCAAAACGGCGUCGUGCAAGUGUAACUAUUCGAUGGUGAACGUUCAGACUUAUGGAGCUGGGUUGUGGUACACUUGGUUUGAUAGGGAUUUGAGUGUUGCUGGGAGGGUCAUUCUCAGAAAUGGAGAUAAUUCUUUUGUGCAUAAGCUUGUCAAAGUCGAUAGACCCAUUUUGCGCAUUCCCACACUCGCCAUUCAUCUGGACCGAACAGUGAACCAAGAUGGUUUUAAACCAAAUCUAGAGACUCAUCUUCUUCCUUUGCUCUCAAUAAAAUCUGAGGACACUUCUUUGGAAUCCAUGGAGAAGAAUAGUGCAUUGUCAUCCAAAUCUUAUCAUCAUUCGCUGCUAAUGCAGGUACUAUCAGAUGAAUUGAACUGUGAUGUUGAUGACAUAGUGAACAUUGAACUGAAUGUUUGUGACACUCAACCUAGCUGCCUUGGAGGUGGAAACAGUGAAUUUAUAUUUUCUGGAAGAUUAGAUAAUCUGGCUUCAAGUUAUUGUGCAUUAAGGGCACUUAUUGACUCAUGUGAAUCUCCGGGUAACUUAGCAAGUGAACAUGCAAUUCGGAUGGUGGCUUUAUUUGACAAUGAGGAGGUGGGUUCAGGUUCUAUUCAAGGAGCUGGAGCACCCACCAUGUUUCAGGCCAUGAGGCGUAUAGUUGGUGACUUGGCAAAUAACUAUGUUGGUGAAGGCUCUUUUGAGCGCACUAUUCGUCAAUCAUUUCUUGUGUCUGCGGAUAUGGCCCAUGGAGUUCAUCCAAAUUUUAUGGAUAAGCAUGAAGAACUCCACCGACCAGAGCUGCAGAAAGGAUUGGUAAUCAAGCACAAUGCAAACCAGCGCUAUGCUACCAGUGGAAUCACAUCUUUUCUUUUUAAAGAAGUUGGAAAAAUCCACAACCUUCCUACUCAGGACUUUGCUGUCAGAAAUGACAUGGGGUGCGGAUCGACCAUAGGUCCAAUACUUGCUUCUGGAGUUGGCAUCCGAACUGUUGACUGUGGAAUUGCUCAACUUUCAAUGCACAGUAUAAGGGAAAUGUGUGGGAAGGAAGAUAUCGACAUUGCUUACAAACAUUUCAAAGCUUUCUAUCAAAGCUUUUCAAGCGUAGACAAGAUGCUGACUGUAGAUAACUGAGCUGUGUUUUGUACCAUGGUAACGUUUCCCGAGUAAGUGCUAAGCACUAAAUUUUACGAUGGCUUUGCUUACCUGCUUCAAACUUUAGCACAAAACUUGAUUUUCCUCCUUGAACUCAAGCAGAUGAACUUUCUUACCAGACUUUUAGAUGCAUUAUGCCAGGUUUUUAUUUUGAAAUUCUUUUUAAUUGCCCAAAGGGUACUUGUAAAUAUGUUAAAUUAAAGCAUGGAUUUUCUUGUCAGUGGUUUUUACAAUGUCGGAGUACAUGGUUAGAGUAGCACCAUAAAAUCUCAAAGUCUAUUUUCAUAUUUAACACUAAUUAUCGGCACGUGCCACCGUGCCAGGAUUAGGAUGGAAUAGAAACUGCAAUCAAUACUUCA